AUGAUAGGGGAAUCCAAAACAACAGCCUUACGGCGGUUUCGCUACCUUGAGAAAAGAUUAUCCCGAGAUCCUGAUAUGAAAAGACAAUACCAUCUCUUUAUGUCCGAGUACCUAACGCUAGGGCAUAUGAGGCAAGUCUCUACAAAAGAAUGUGAACCAGAGCAUGUGUAUUAUUUACCGCAUCAUGCCGUCUUGAAAGAAUCCAGUACAACGACAAAACUCCGCGUGGUGUUCGAUGGAUCUGCUAGAACGUCGACCGGAUAUUCCCUGAACGAUGCGUUGAAGAUUGGCCCGAUAAUCCAGGACGAGCUACUUACGUUGAUUCUCCGGUUUCGGAAAUACCCGAUCGCGAUGGUUGCGGACAUAGAAAAAAUGUACCGACAGGUUCGAGUGCAUUCCAAGGAUACUUCUUUGCAACGAAUAUUGUGGCGAUUUAGUCACGACGAACCUAUUUGUAGCUAUGAGUUAUUAACUGUAACAUACGGUUUGACCCCCUCAUCUUUUCUCGCCACACGAACCUUACAGCAGCUGGCCUUAGACGAAGGAAAAAGUUUUCCCCUAGGAAGCCUCGCGCUACGCAAGUCGUUUUAUGUCGAUGACUACAUUGGAGGAGCAGAUACGUUGGAUAAGGCUAUUCAGACCCGGUUGGAAUUGGACAAACUGUUAGCUAAGGGCGGAUUCCGACUGCGAAAGUGGACCACUAACAAUUCAAAAGUAUUAGAGGGUAUCGACCCAUCGCAAAUUGGUGCCCAGACUACUCUGCAACUCGACCACGGUCAACCCACCACGGCGCUAGGUGUAAGUUGGGAACCAAAUGCGGAUAAGCUGCUUUUUCAUUCCACAUUAACGCAUGGUUGCGAUCCAUUAACGAAAAGGGCCAUUCUGUCAUCCGUAUCGAAACAUUUCGACCCGCUGGGUCUAACCGCACCGGUAGUCAUACGGGCAAAAAUGCUGUUGCAGGAUCUUUGGCUCCAACCCUGUGGAUGGGAUGAUGAGGUUUCUGACAAUAUACGGAAAAAAUGGGAAUGUUACCACCACGAUCUUCAAAAAAUUUCUGCUUACAAAGUUAACCGUUGCGUAGUCCUACCCAACUCCACUAUCCAAUUGUACACCUUUGCGGAUGCAUCUCAACAAGAAUACGGUGCAUGUGUUUAUGUUAGAUCUACCGAUCCCCGCGGGCAUGUCCACGUUCAGUUGAUUGCUGCGAAAUCCCGGGUGGCACCAUUAAAAAGGAUAAGCAUUCCGCGAUUGGAGCUAGCCGCGGCCGUUCUUGCUUCCAGAUUGCAUAAAAAAGUUGUUCGCGCUCUCGAAAUACUCAAGUUCGAUUCUGUUUUUUGGUCGGAUUCAACUGUUACACUAGAAUGGCUACGAUCACCGUCAUUUGUUUGGAGCACCUUCGUUGCUAAUCGAGUGUCCGAAAUACAAAAGAACACGCAGGGAUGCCAAUGGAAACAUAUAGCUGGCACACACAAUCCAGCUGACCUAAUCACGAGAGGGAUGAAAGUUGACGAUUUUCUGCUCAGCGAAUUAUGGCACUAG